AGGAAUUGUGCUGGGGAGAAAAUGUUUAUCUGCAGUGUGGAGAAGCCUUCAGUGUACAUGCAGCUCUUAUAAAAAAUGAGGAUGUUUGGAAAGAAACCCUGGCUUGGUAUUUAAUGUGGAAAUAUUUUUAGCACCAGCUCUUAAUUUUUGGAUAUAAGAGUAUACACAUUAGGGGGAAUCUUCAUAAAUGCAAUGACUAGGAUACCUGCCCUGGUUCCACACUAUUCCUCAUGACAGAAAUCACACUGAAGAGAAAAACCUAUACAUCUGAAGUAAGGAUUGUGGGAAAGUCUACAGGAGGUGUUAGUAAACUAUUGCCCAUGGCCUGUUUUUUUUAUUGCCCACAAGCCAGGAGUAGUUUUUUAUAUUUUUAAAGAAGAAGAAUGUGACAGAGACCAUAUGUGGCCCACAAAGCCUGAAAUACUUGCUCUCUGGCGUUUACGGAAAAACUUUGCCAAUCCUUGGUCUACAGCAGCGCUUCUUUACUGGGGGUGAUUUUGUAGUCCAGGAGACAUUGGGUAACGUCUGAAGACAUUUUUGGUUCUUAAACUAGAGGGGAAGUGCUACUAGUAUCUAGUGGGAAGACCUCUGGGAUGCUGUUAAACAUCCCAAAAUGCAAGGAAAGAGUCCCUGGGUGGUACAAAUGAUUAAGUGCUCGACUACUUACGAAAAGGUUGCCAGUUCAAACCCACCCAGAGGCACCUCGGAAGACAUGCCUGGCGAUCUGCUUCCGAAACAUCACAGCCUUGAAAACCCUUUGGAGCAGUUCUCUGCACACAUGGGGUCGCAUUGAGUCGGAAUUGACAGCAGCUAUCAAAAACAAUGCACAAGAGCCCCCCACAGCAGAGAAUCAUCCACCCCAAAGCGUCAGUAUUGUUGAGGUGGAGAAAUUCUGGUCUACAGUAAUUCCUCAGUUUUUAUAAAACAUAAUCAUCAACUACAUGGAAUCAGAAAACCAAACAGGUGUAGCAGAAUUCCACCUCCUAGGCUUCUCAGAUAAUCCAGAACUGCAGCUUCUUCUCCUUGGAAUGUUCUUGACCAUGUACCUGGUCACUGUGCUUGGGAACCUGCUCAUCAUCCUGGCUGUCAACUCAGACUCCCACCUCCACACCCCCAUGUACUUCUUCCUCUCCAACCUGUCCUUCAGUGACAUCUGUUUCAGCACCACUACGGUCCCCAAGAUGCUGGUGAACAUUCAGACACAGAGCAAAUCCAUCAGUUACACAGGCUGCCUCACCCAGAUCUGCUUCUUCCUGGUUUUUGCAUGUUUGGAAAAUUGCCUCCUUGCGGCAAUGGCCUAUGACCGCUUUGUGGCCAUUUGUCAUCCACUGAGGUACACAGUCAUCAUGCACUUCCACCUCUGUGGCCUGCUGAUUCUAUUCUCCUUGUUCAUUAGCAUCACGAAUGCCCUGCUCCACAGUCUGAUGGUGCUGCACCUGUCCUUCUGCACAGACCUAGAAAUCCUCCAGUUUUUCUGUGAACUUCCUCAGGUCCUCAAGCUUGCCUGUUCUGACACCCUCUUAAAUAACAUCCUGCUAUAUUUUAUGACUAGCAUUGUGGGUGGUGGAACCUUACUUGUGAUCAUUUUCUCUUACAUGCAGAUUCUCUCUUCCCUUCUAAAAAUGCCAUCAACAGGUGGAAUGUAUAAAGCCUUUUCUACCUGUGGGUCUCACCUCUCAGUUGUUUCCUUGUUCUACGGGACAGGAUUUGGGGUGUAUCUUAACUCUGCAGCUACUGUCUCCUCUAGGAAGAGUGCAGUUGCAUCAGUGAUGAACACCAUGGUAACACCCAUGCUGAACCCCUUCAUCUACAGCCUGAGGAACAAGGAUAUGAUGGACGCUUUGCAGAAACUCAUCUCUAAAAUAUCUUCUUUCCAUUAAUGUGUCACCUGCUUUGGGCUUAAGCUGUUUGUCCUAGUUAUAUAGUGUUGCUGUAACCAAAAUACCACAAGUGAAUGACUUUAACAAGCAGAAGCUUAUUCUCUCACAGUCUAGUGGGCUAAAAGUCUGAAUUUGGGGUGUCAGCUCAAGGGGAAGGCUUUCUGUCUCUGUUGGCUCAGGAGAAAGGUCCUUGUCAUCAAUCUUCCCCUGGUCGAGAAGCUUUUCUGCCUGGGGACUCCCAGGUCCAAAGGAUGUUCUGUGUUCCCAGUGCGUCUUUCUUGGUGGUAUGAAAUCCCCCUGUCGUUCUUCUCAUUUCUCCCUCUUAUAUCUCAUAUCUCAAAAGAGAUUGGCUUAAAAUACAAUGUAAUCUUGUAGAUUGAGUCUGGCCUCAUUAACAUAAGUGCUAUGGAUAACACCCCAUCAGCAUCAUAGAGAUAGGAUUUACAACACACAGGAAAAUCACAUCAAAUGACAAAAUGGUGGAGAGUCACACAAUAGUGGAAAUCAUGGCUUAGCCAAACUGAUACGCAUAUUUUUGUGUAUCAGUGUCAAUCUAUGACACUGUUGAAAUAUGCCAGAGGGAAAUAAAUUAUAGUGAUUCAGAAAACCUAACCAAGUUCUUUGAAUAAUAAGAGUCCAGAGAUCAUAAUAGUUAUGGGUGACAAUUUGACAUCAGACCACUUGGGUUUGAUUUUUACCUCUUUUUUUUAUGCAAUAGCUGUGUGGAUAUUAAAUACUUAACCUUUCUAAGCUCAGUUUGAAGGUCCUUAGGUGGCACAAAUGGUUUGCACUCAACUGCUAACCUAAAGGUUGGUAGUUCAGAUCCACCCAGAGGUACUGCAGAAGAAAAGUCCUGGCAAUCUGUUUCUGUAAAUAUUAAAGCUAAGAAACCCUAUGGAGUGGUUCUAUUCUGUAACCAUGGAGUCACCAUGAGUCCCAAUCAACUUGAUGGCAACUAACAACAAUAAUUUCAAUUUACUCAUCUAUAAGUUUGUUGUAUUUAUAUUCAUUCACAUUUUUUUCCAUAUAGGUUUGAGAUACUUUAUAAGUGAGAAUGUCUUCAGUUAUACUAAGAGAAAAGUCUCUACUCACAUAGGAUCAAAUGGUAAAAAGAAAGAUUUCAGAGGUAGGGUAGGUCUAGAAUCUACAAAAUGCAGGGCUGCAUUUCACAGCCUUCUGUGUUGGUUUCUUCCUAAAGGUGUUCCUGUGAUGGUCACCAAUGGCUGCAGUGGCACAGGGGUCAUUUAAGAUACAAUAGCCAGAGAGAGAAAACUGACUGCUUCUUACUGGGUCUCUGUAAUGGAGAGAAAAUCUUUAGAAAUACUCAUCCAGAACACAUCCUGUAUCAUCAGCCUGAAUUGGGGCAUAUCCUCUUCUAAAACUAAUUACUAGCAGCAGGAAUUUCAUUACCUUGGAAAGAUUAGAUAAAUUCUCUGAUUAGAAAAGUCUGAUGUGGCAUCAAGUGCUAUAAUGAUUACAAGUGUUCAGUAGAAUACCAUUCCUCUUCAUUUUUUCAUUUCUGGCAUACCAGACCGUAUGAUUGUCUGAUGCAAAAUGGCCAAUACCAGUUCAUUUCAGUUUACUAAUGUCUAGGAUAUCAUCUUUAUACAUUCUUUUUCAUUUGUAAAAACUUCCAAUUUUCCUAGAUUUAUACUUCAUAUAUUCCACGUUCUAGUUAUUAAUGGAUGAUUACAGCUAUUUCUUAUCAUUUAGUGUUGUGCCACAUCAGCAAAUGAAGGCCCUGAAAGGUUUACUCCAUCCACAUCCUUAAGGUCAGCUCUAUUUUAAAGUACUAAAGGAAGAAGUCCAAUCUUCACUGAAGGCAUUGGCGAAAAACAAGGCCCCAGGAACUGACAGAACACCAAUUGAGAUGUUUCAACAAAUGGAUGCAGUGCUGAAAGUGCUCACUGGUCUAUGCUAAGAAAUAUGGAAGACAGCUUCCUGGCCAAUUGGCUGGAAGAGAUCUAUAUUUAUGCCUAUUCCCAAGAAAGAUGAUCCCACCAAACGCAGAAAUUACUGAACAAUAUCAUUAAUAUUACACACAAGCAAAACUUGGCUGAAGAUCAUUCAAAAGCGCCUGCAGCAGUGUAUCAACAAGGAACUACCAGAAGUUCAAGCUGGAUUCAGAAGAGAUGUGGAACUAGGGAAAUCAUUGCUGAUGUCAGAUGGACCCUGGCUGAAAGCAGAGAAUACCAGAAGGAUGUUUACCAGUGUUUUAUUGACUAUGCAAAGGCAUGCAACUGUGUGGAUCAUAACAAAUUAUGGAUAUCAUUGUGAAGAAUGGGAAUUCCAGAACACUUAAUUGUCCUCAUAAGGAACCUGUACAUAGGUCAAGAGGCAGUUGUUCGGACAGAACAAGGGGAUACUGAUUGGUUUAAAGUUAGGAAAGGUAUGUGUCGGGGUUGUAUUCUUUCACCAUACCUAUUCAAUCUGAAUGCUGAGUAAAUAAUCUGAGAAUCUGGACUAUAUGAAGAAGAACAGGGCAUCAGGGUUGGAGGAAGACUCCUUAACAACCUGUGGUAGGCAGAAGACACAACCUUGUUUGCGAAAGUAAUGUGGACUUGAAGCACUUACUAAUGAAAAUCAAAGACCAGAGCCUUCAGUAUGGAUUACACCUCAGCAUAAAGAAAAGAAAAAUCCUCACAACUGGACCAGUAAGCAAGAUCGUGAUAAAUGGAGAAAAGAUUGAAGUUGUCAAGGAUUUCAUUUUACUUGGAUCCAGAAUCAACACCCAUGGAAGCAGCAGUCAAGAAAUCAAAAGUUGCAUUGCAUUGGGCAAGUCUGCUGCAAAGGACCUCUUUAAAGUGUUCAAAAGAAAAGAUGUCACCUUGAAGACUAAGGUGGGCCUGACCCAAGCCAUGGUAUUUUCAAUCACAUCGUAUGCAUGUGAAAGCUGGGCAAUGAAUAAGGAAGACCGAAGAAGAAACGACGCCUUUGAAUUGUGGUGUUGGCAAAGAAUAUUGAAUAUACUAUUGACUGCCAAAAGAAUGAACAAAUCUGUCUUGGAGGAACAACCAGAAUGCUCCUUAGAAGCAAGGAUGGCGACUGCAUCUUACAUACUUCGGACAUGUUAUCAGGAAGGAUCAGUCCCUGGAGAAGGACAUCAUGCUUGGUAAAGGACAGAGUCAGUGGAAAAGAGGUAGACCGUCAAUGGGAUGUAUUGACACAGUGACUGCAACAAUGGGAUCAAGCAUAACAACGAUUGUAAGGAUGACGCAGGAUCGGGCAGUGUUUCGUUCUGUUGUGCAUGGGGUUGCUAUGAAUUGGAACCGACUUUACCGAACCUAACAACAACAACCAGUAUUUUUAGGAAGCAGCUUUUCCUCAUUCCUAUUUUGCCUUCAACCUAAGGGGCUCUUCUUCCUGCGCUAUAUCAGACAAUGUCUCCCUACUAUUCAUAAGGUUUUCACUGGCCAAUUUUUUUUAGAAGUAGCUCACCAGGUCCUUCUUCCUAGUAUGUCUUUGUAUCUGCUGAAUGCUAUCCACCAUGCAUGACCCUGCUGGUAUUUGAAAUACCGGUAGCAUAGUUUCCAGCGUCACAGCAACACACAAGCCACCACAUUAGAACAAGCUGACAGAUAAGUGGUGGACAACAUGAAUCUUGACUGAAAGCAGAGAAUACCAGAAAGAUAUUUACCAGUGUUUUAUUGACUUUGCAUAGGCAUUUGGCUCUUUGGAGCAUAACAAAUUAUGGAUAACAUUGCAAAGAAUGUGAAUUUCAGAACACUUAAUUGUGCUCAUGUGGAAGCUAUACAUAGACCAGCAAACAAAAUGAUGGGAUACUAUGUGGUUUAAAAUUGGGAAAGGUGUGCAUCAGGGUUUUAUUCUUUCACCAUACUUAUACAGUCUGUCUGCUGAGCAAAUAAUCCAAAAACCUGGACUAUAUGAAGGAGAACGAGGCAUCAGGAUUGGAGGAAAACUAAUUAACAACCUGCUAUAUGCAGAUGACACAACUUUGCUUACUGAAAACGAAGAUGACUUGAAACACUUGCUGAUGAAGAUCAAAGACCACAGCCUUCAGUAUGAGUUACACCUCAACAUAAAGACCACAAAAAUCCUCACAACUGGACCAAUAAGCAACAUCAUGAUAAAUGGAGAAAACAUUGAAGUUGUCAAGUAUUUCCUUUUACUUGGAUCCUCUAUCAAUGCCCAAGGAAGCAGCAAUCAAGAAAUCAAACCAUGCGUUGCAUUUGUCAAAUCUCCUACAAGAGAGCUCUUUAAAGUGUUAAAAAGCAAAGACGUCACCUUGAAGACUAAGGUGUGCCUGACUCAAGCUGUGGUGUUUUCAAUCUCCUCAUAUGCAUGUGAAAGCUGGAUGAAGAAUAAAGAAGACCAAAGAAGAACUGACGCUUUCGAAUUAUGAUGUUGGUGAAAAAUAUUGAGCAUAACAAGGACUGCCAAAAGAACGAACCAAUCUGUCUUGGAAGAAGUACAACCAGAAUGCUCCUUAGAAGCGAGGACUAUGUCUCACAUACUUGAACAUGUUAUCAGGAGGGAUCAGUCCCUGAAGAAGGACAUCAUGCUUGGUGAAGUAGAGGUUCAGCAAAAAUGAAGAAGACCCUCAAUGAGAUGAAUUGACACAGUGCUUGAAACAAUGGGAUCCAGCAUAACAACCACUGUGAGGAUGACACCCCUGUCAUCCUGGCAGUGUUUCAUUCUGUUGUACAAAGGGUUGUGAUGAGUUGGAAAUGACUCCACAGCACCUAACAAUAUAACAGUGUAAUGCCUGCUACUGAAUAAGUACUCAAUAUACUCAGUGUGUGUGACCCAGCACAAUUUAUUUCCAAGGGUAAUAUUCUCUCUUUUUUUGACUCUUUCUGCUUUCAUAUAUUUUUAGCACUUGCUUCAGUUAUUAGCAGGGGUUGUUAAUUUAAAUAUUUAUCAGCAGUUGACACUUAUGGUGUAGGCAAGGCCACAUUUGGAGAUACUUCAGUGGAUGUUAUAUUUGUCCUGCUGUCUUUUUGUUAUAUUGAAAGAACAACUUUUGAUUUUCAUUCUCGAAUGACUUGUUUAAUGGCUUGUUUUUAAAGUGGUUGGAUUGUUCAGUGUUUCCCCUUUUGGAUUAUGCAUGUUAUAUCUCAUUUAAGAGGUGAUUAACUCCUCCACUCUCAUGAAAAUAUUUUCUUGUACUAUCUCGUAAAUAUUUAAUCAUGUUUUCUUUUGUGUUUAAAAGACAUUGGAAUGAUCUUUCAAUAUGGCAUGAUGAAGGAUCCAAUUCAUUUUCUUUCCAUAUGGAUAAACAAUGAUUUCAGCACUAUUUCCUGAAUGAUGCCAUCCUUUCCCUGCAGUGUCACAUGGUCCUAAAUGAAGAGCCUGAUGCCUCCUGUGUAGCCAAUAAGUCUUCAUAUAGAUGAGUAUUAGUUCUAUUUUGCUGUCCUAUACUAGAAUCAUAUCAUUUUAGUUAUUAUAGCUCCAUGAUAUGUUUUGAUGGUUGGUAAGGCAAAUGCUUCAGGUUGUUCUUACUUGCCAUCAAGGUAAAUAUUGUUUCUCCAUCACUCUUCCACAUAUUUUUAAACUCUGGGAUUUUUCUUCCUUGUGCUAACCUGGUCUGGUUUGGACACCAAGUUUGUGCUGGCCUUAUAAAAUGAGAUAAAGAAUAUCCUAUCCCUUAUGUUUUCUGAAACCCUUCCUUUAAAAUGGAAAUUAACUCCUUUGAAUGCUUGGAAGAACUUGCGUGUAAAACUAUGUAUGUCAGGUUGUGUUUCGUGACAAAUUAUAUUAUUGAGGAUUUCAAUUUAUUUACAGUUUCCAAGAUUACUUGCUUCCUAUUUCUUCUUGAGAGAAGUGUGGUCAGCUGGAUUUAACCAUGACCAGCAUUUCCCCUUGUGCAUAGAAUUCAAUCUCUCCUGCCUACGUUAGGACAAAACUCUGGUAAUUCCACUGUCUCUCUC